AUGCUUCGCGCCGUCUCCUCUCUCUGUCCCUUUUGCGAGGUUCGCUCCUUGUUUCCAAGGACCGCGCCUUCGCAAUGGCAGCAGACGCGGUUGGCCUCGCAGAUGCGCUCGCGGACGCCCUCCCGCAUGGCUCUGUCGCCCAAGGUCGCGCAAUCGGGAAAGCCUGCGCCGCGCCGGCGCGUCGAGGGGCCCUUUGCUGGCUUGAAUCGCACAACGGUACCACGCAUCCCAGGGAGGCCAAUGGAACAAUCCGAUUCUAGAGGCAGAGAUUUCAAAGGGAGGGAAACGCCUUCGAAUCUCCAGAAAAGGAAUAACAGGUCCGGCAGACCAGAGCGACGGGAUUCGGGCGAUUACCAUGCAUUGAAGAUGCAGCGGGCAUUGCAUCCGGUGUCUUACACGCAACGAUCAUCGAUCAAGGAGCGGAUCAGGGAAAUGGACUCGUUCGACAGCUUUCCGUUGCUGCCGGUUAUAAAAGAGUCGAUCUCGACCCAGGCACUUCCCGGCCUCGACGAUAUUUCACCAACACCGGCUCAACGUGUCACUAUACCGGCGAUGUUGGGCAUGGACCAAAAGAAGAGCAAGCACCAAGUUGCUGGAAUGCAACAGUUCCUGCUUGCUGCAGAGACUGGUUCUGGAAAGACUCUAGCUUAUCUCUUGCCUAUUAUGGAUGCCAUCAAGCGCCAAGAGGUGGUGGACCGCGAGAAGGCAGAAAAAAAGAAGGCAAAGGAAGAGGAGGAAAGGAGCAAGCGCAUGUUUGAACUCGAGUCCCCACCCCUCGCUGGUGAAGAACAUCCCGAUGCGGGACGGCCACGGGCGAUUAUUCUUUUACCGUCUGCAGAGCUCGUCGCCCAAGUCGGCGCUGUGGUAAAGUCUUUCUCGCACACUGUCAAGUUCAAGGCCUCCCUCAUCUCUGCUGCUUUUAGCGGAAAUGUCAUUAGGAAUCGACUUUUCGCGCCUAGUGGCGUUGACAUUGUCAUCGCCACCCCGCACCUUCUCUCCAGCAUUGCCGAGAGCGACCCUAACAUCCUCAGCCGCGUUACGCACAUAGUUGUUGACGAGGCCGACUCUCUCCUCGAUCGCUCGUUUUCUCCUCUGACUACCAACAUCAUUGACAGGGCCUCACCCACAUUGAAACAGCUGAUACUUUGUUCCGCUACUAUCCCCAGGAGUAUGGAUUCCUAUUUGGAGAAGCGCUUUCCGGACAUCAAGCGCCUCGUAACACCAAACUUGCAUGCCAUUCCCAGGCGUGUUCAGCUUGGCGUUGUUGACACAUCACAGCCUCCCUACAAGGGCAACAAAGACCUUGCUUGCGCGGACACGAUAUGGAACAUUGGCCGCCAAGCGACAGAAUACUACGAAGAUGGCCAGGAGACGGUCCCUACGAAGCGCAUCAUUGUCUUUGUCAAUGAGCGCGAAAAGACGAUCGAGCUAGCCAACUACCUAGUCUCGAAAGGCGUUGACGCCGUCGCGCUGAACCGCGACACGAUUAACGAACGCAGCUCUCACUUGCUCGCGGCCUUCCAAGGCGUUGCCGGUGCAGAAGACAAAGACGGCAAGGCCAAAGCCAAAACCGAUGCCCCUGCAGCUGCCCCUGCGUCGGAUCCGAACCAGGGUCGCAAGGGCCCUGCGGCCCGUUCGCUAGCCAAUACCAAGGUCCUCGUCACGACGGACUUGGGCUCCCGAGGCAUCGACACAGUCGCCGUGCGCCAUGUCAUACUUUACGACGUCCCGCACACGACGAUAGACUUCAUCCACCGGCUCGGCCGGACCGGGCGCAUGGGGCGCAGAGGCCGCGGCAUCGUGUUGCUAGGCAAGGGCGAUCGGGCCGACGUGGUCAAGGAGGUCAGAGAGGGCAUGUUCAAGGGCCAAGCGUUGAUUUAA